CCGCUUUUAAACCUCACAAGCACGCUUAAAUCUUACAAAAAAUAAAUAAUUUUAUAUACCAAACCUGAGCUUUUAAGUCCCCGUCACCAGAAACAUUUAUAAAGAGGACAAGCCCUAGUUUUCCACCCAUUAACAGUGAAAAACAACCUUAAAUCUCGCCCGUAACGAGUGAAAAAUCAAAUAAAAAUUUGACAAUACGUUGCCCCCGCGUUAACUUACACUGAAAAUAACUGCAAAAAUAUACAAUACCGUUCAUUACGUGCUGUGUUAAUUUUCCUCCAUGAUUUUCUGGUGUUUAUUAAUCGAGUUAUAAGUGAAAACAUUGAGACAAUGGCCGAAUUAAGACCGGGUUGACUUAAUAUACGAAUUCAACAUGUUACUAUCAAAAUUAAUAGCGUCCAAAUGGUAUGGUUUGAAAUGGUGCUGGGAAAAACGUUGGUUCGGUUUAAAAAGAAAUUGUGGUUAUAAAUAAAUCGAUAAACGUGUGAUUUUUUAUGUUAUUUUUGUUUGGUGAUUGUAAAAAUAGCCAAGAUGAAUACUUUCAAUGCGCCAACAUCGCAAAUAAACACUAUUGAUAAAGUUACCACUGUGAAGUGCAAAUCCGUGGAUUUAGAAGGAUAUGUUAUUAUUGUGGUGCAGACCAAGGAUAAUAAAAUAAAAUUAUAUGGAUCACCAUCAGCAGGUAACUUCGAUAAUCUGGAGUUGGCUGACGAAAUCAUGGACGUGAACGAAACCAGGCUCGAAGACAUGUCUCGCACGGAAGUUUUAAGUCAUAUACAUGAAUGCAUAUCGUCGUGUGUUAUAAAACUGCGUGUGAAGAGAAGAAGUGAGACGAAAUUAUUAUCAGACAUUGGCCACAACAUAAUCCAAGAUGCCUUCCUCAUCGCGGUGGAGGAGCAGGCCCGUCAGCGCUUGCAGCGGCUGUCCGCCCUCAAGCGAAUCACGCCUGUGGACAUGUCCAAAUUGUCUGUAGAAUUGAAUCGAAGAAAACGAACACAACCCGAAAACAAAGAACUGAACGGUUACAUUGCAAACUCAACAGUGUACGUAACGUCUAUAAAUGAAAACGGCGCAAUAGAAAGCAAGCCAGCUAUAUCGUCACCCAAGUCCCAGCCAAAAGCGUUGCAAGCGAAACCAGCGCCUGUUAUCGCGAACGGCGUCCAGGAACCAGAGAAGGAGGAUGUUAGUGAAAAGUGUAAUAGUGAAGUGAUCUGUGAUGCGUUGAAUGUGGCCAGAGAGCACUUGAGUAACGGCCGGUGUGAGAAACUAAUUGGUGAAACGGACAGGGUGCGAGCGCCCGGUGGGGAUAAUAAGCUGACGCCGGGAGAGAAUCGACCGCGCCGCCGGUCGGGCUCCAGUAUCGUGGUGGUCGGCGCUGACGAGGAGAAACGACCGCCGCCGGAUGACGGGCCAGAUAUGCUUACCAUGCUGUCACUCUCUUCAGACACCGGACCUCACCGCGAGAUGGCGGUGGACGUACCGGACAGUUUCAUCGCGCGGAACAAAACGCCCCCCCGCUACCCGCCGCCGCGCCCCCCGCAGGUACGCGCCCGCUCCCGCGACGAAGAGCCGCUGUUGUCCUCAGGCGGAUCCAACACCUCCUACGCGAGCAAACAAAGCGUCCUGCAAAGCAUGAACACGUCAAACCCGAGUUCCGGGUCUGGCAGCUUCAAAAACAACUCCGAACUCCUCUCCCUCCCGCAAAGCUCGGAUUCAAUCAGCUUCGGCAGCAAGAAAAGCAAGAACUCCUCAGAGACUACGAAGUGUGAUAUGCUGUCUGAUAGCCAUUCGGUUGCGUCGAACGUAACGCAUAAUUUGAGCGACCAUAAAAUCCAGCUUUUGAUUUCGAACGGAGACGACUCUUUGCUAGAUUGCAGGGAGGGGGUCACGUACUCGACGAAAACAGACACAGUUCUUAUCAGAGAGGCUCUAUACGCAUCGUACAAACUGCCCCCGGGGUACGACACCACCCCAGUGCUGUUGGGGCGAGAAGUGGCGGUGGAUGUCCCGGAUAACUUUGUGCAGAUCGUGAAAACGACCCCCAAAUACCCCAGUACGGAUAGAAAGAGCGUGGUAUUUCAGCAACUAAACGGCACGACCAAAGGCAUAGCGCCCGCAGUACCGCCGCGCGAAGUGCCGCGGGACGCACCCCCUCGCCCUCCCGCGCAUGACGUCACCAAGGAACACGUCGAGUCCAUACGGAAGUACCAGUAUGCCAGAGUGCAAUUUGUUGAGGGCAAAGAACAGAAGAAAGAGGCGAGAAGGGCAUUGUGGGCGGGACAGGCGAUGCUCAUAUUUGAAAACGAUUAUAAUAUAUCAACCUGUAUGUCAACAAAAAUUACACUAUCGCAAACAGAAAGAAAAAUAUAUUGCUAG